CGCCAGCCACUCACUGGCAAAUCUCACUCCUCGUUCACAGUCCACACAACUCCCGUGCCGCGCGCCCACGCUUGCGGCGGCGGCGAUCAUGGCUGGAGCCGUCGCUCCCUCGCUCGUCGCGGUGAGGAGCAGCAGCUCCACCUCCACCGCCGCGGCCUCCUCGUUGGCUCCGAACCCGACAACGCGAGGACGAGACCCGCUUACCAGGAGGCGCAAGGCUCCUCCUCCUCUCCCACUUGUCCCACGUGCCGCCACCAAUCGUCACGGGCACGGCUGCCGCAGCGCACCACAACGCACCACCAGUCUUUGCCAGGCUCUAAACCCUCGCCUCCGAUUCGCAGCGGCGGCGGCGGCGGCGGAGGGGAUGGCUGCGGAGGCGAGUACGGCGGAGCCGGCAGCGGGGGCUGAGGCGAAGCCCUUCGCCGUCCUCUUCGUUUGCCUCGGGAACAUUUGCCGGAGCCCAGCAGCUGAGGCUGUGUUCCGGAACCUUGUAAGCAAGCGUGGGCUUGACUCCAAAUUUCACAUAGAUUCUGCCGGUACCAUCGGAUAUCAUGAGGGUAAUAAGGCAGACUCAAGGAUGAGAUCAGCUUCGAAGAAGCGGGGGAUUGAGGUGACCUCAAUAUCCAGGCCUAUUAGACCCACAGAUUUCCGUGAUUUCGAUCUUAUCCUUGCAAUGGACAGGCAGAAUUAUGAAGAUAUAUUGAACGCAUUUGAGAGAUGGAGACAUAGGGAGCCCCUCCCUGACAGUGCACCCAAUAAGGUUAAGCUGAUGUGCUCCUACUGCAAGCGACAUACUGAGUCCGAAGUCCCAGAUCCUUAUUAUGGAGGCCCUCAGGGAUUUGUAAAGGUCUUGGAUUUACUGGAGGAUGCUUGUGAGUCACUGCUUGAUAGCAUCGUGGCGGACAAUGCAAACAUUUCUGCGUGAUCGUGGAUAUAUAUGAUAUGUGAUCGGGGAUAUAUAUGAUACAUAGGCGACGUAAAUGUCCACAUUUUCAUUCAGACAUCUUGUAUUGGAUGCACGGUUUCCUGUGGGCUGUAGGCCUGUAGCAUCUAUGCACUACAGGAGUCACUUGAUUCCAACAUUUAUCAGGUACACUGGUGUUGGUCUUGAUUUGUAUUUGCCAUUGUUGUCAUGCAUUACAUUAUUAUGUUUAAUCAUGUACUAUGUGACACACCAAAA